AUGGCAGCGAGGGAGGAUGUCUUUUGUCCCAAGAGAGCCUCCCAGCUACUACCACAUCGGUCAUGGGACUGCGUGAUUUACUUCCUGUCGGGUGAUCCAGUGUCAAAAGGAAAGAUCUAUUCUCUCAACAUCCCCGAACAAGAAGAGAAAUCAGAAACUUCACUGCUUCACAUGUUUACAAUUAAAAUGUGUCCAAUAAUGGUUACUUUGAGAAUUGGAGUUAUUUUCUUUUGUCAGGUAUUAUUGUGUGGAUUUGCGGAGUCGCCAUGCACACCUGGAUUUGAUUCAGAGUUAUUUGUGUUUAAAGUGCGCAGAAAGCAUCUUCACAAAGAGACACGAGUCGGAGAAGUAAUCUUUAAUGCCUGUGAUGAAAGAUCGAGAACACUUUUUCAGUCGGGUUACAAGCGGUUCAGUGUGAGAACAGAUGGAAGUGUAACACUGGAGACACCGGUGACUCUUCAUGAUGGAUAUAUGAUGUUUGAUGUACACGCUUGGGACUCCAGUGGUAUGAAGCACACAGCAUCUGUCAGAGUUGAAUGUACUGCAGACCAUCAUGAGGAUCAUCACAUGAAUAUCUCCACUCCACAGAUGGACACAUUCCCUGAUGAUUUUGUUAUGAGGUUUCCAAGGUCUUUAGCAGGUGCAGGUCCAGAUGGAGGUGUGCGUGCAGGUGCAGGUGCAGCAGCUGCAGGUGGAGGUGUGCGUGCAGGUGCAGGUGGAGGUGCACGUGCAGGUGCAGGUGGAAGUUGGCUAUCAGCUUUUGAAGAGCCAGCAGUAGUGAGAGUCAUUAUCAAAGUGAUUGACAAAAAUGAUAAUAAGCCUCAGUUCACUCAAAAUCAUUUUAAUGGAAACGUCCCUGAAGCUGCUACUAAAGAUUAUGAUUUUAUGACGGUCACAGCCACUGAUGCAGACGAUCCAAAUACUCCCCAUGCUGAAGUCAGAUACAAAAUUAUCAGCCAAGAUCCACCAUCACCAAAUCCAAAUAUGUUUGCCAUCAAUGCUGUAACCGGAGGGAUUCGUGUGAACAGUGAAGGCCUGAAUAGAGAGAAAUGGUCCAAAUAUACUUUGACCAUUCAGGCUGCAGACAUGAAAGGAGAGGGUCAUGCAACAACUGGCAAAGCUGUUAUUAUUGUCACUGACAGCAAUGAUAAUCCACCUCAAUUUGAUCAAGACACGUACACUGUAUCUGUCCUAGAGAAUCUAGUUGGAAUUGAAGUUGCCAAACUCACAGUUACUGAUGGAGAUGAACCUGAAUCACCUGCCUGGUCAACCAAGUAUAAGAUUAUCAGUGGUGAUGAAGGAGUUUUUAAUAUCAGUACUGGACCCAGUCAGCUGGAGGGAAUCAUCACCACUGUGAAGCCGCUGGACUACGAGAUGAUCAAGCAGUACAUUUUGUCUGUGAUUGUUGAGAACAAUCAUCCGUUUGUCGGCCCUUUGCCCACCUCCACUGCCACAGUCACUGUCAAUGUGAAUAAGGAUUUCAUGGAGUACAGGUUCUGUCUGUGAUCAUUGAGAACGAUUAUCUGUUUAUCAGACCUUUCCCAUAUCCACUGCCUCAGUCAGCAUGAAUAACAAAAGCAGAUGUGAAGUUACAGCACACAACUGUAUUGAACUGAUUGAUUUACUUUGGCUUUUAAACAUAUAAUCUGUGUUAUAUUCCAUAUCAUGAUCAUUGCAAGCAUUGCC